UCCGUCACUUCUGCUCACAAGAGAAAAUGCAGAAUAACUCAAUGUUAAAUCACUCUGGAUUCCAAGCUUGCAAUGGGUCCGUGAACGCACCGUGGGGCGGACUGUGGGAUUUUCUCUUUUUCUCCGCAGCAGAUUGUUGAAGUUUGAGUUUGGAGAAGAAGAAGUGAGGGUCGAUCACCUCGAGGCCUGAUCGAUGGAUUACAGCAGCAGCCGUCUCUUGGUGUGAAGCCUAACAGCUGUGUGACCUCUGACCUCUCGGCGCUUCAUCCUUCACCAGCUUCAUUUAUUUAAAAUACAAAUAAUAAAAAGAAGAAAACGAAUCGAUGAAACACUCAAAGCUGAAGUGAGGAAGAGCUCAAGCCCCUCGAGGUGAUCCUGCUGAUACAGGAGAAGAACUCUGCAACAUGGAACCAGAACCUUUGGAGCCAAACCACUAGUCCCUCUGGGCCCAGAACCUCUGAAGGAAGUAAAAUCUACAAAAAGAACUCAAAUCAACUUCAGAGACUCAAAAGUGCUUUUAUUUUGAAAAAGUUAAACUUGAACAUGUUUCCCCCACAGACAUGGAGUGUGUGUGUGUGCUUCUGGUGUGCGUUCUGAGUGUGUGUGUCGGGGCGAACAUCUCACCGGGCCCAAGUGACCACGCCCACCUGGACCAGCAUCAUCUCGCUGUGUCCAACAGCAAAGCAGCUUCAGACCCGUGUGCCCCCAGCAGAACACUUUGUCUGGACCACAAGUCCCUGCUGAGCUUCGAGGCGAUCUGCUUCAUCCACAAGCUGAUGGACAAUGACGCUGACGGCUCAGUGGACCCUACGGAGACCGACGAGUUCCUCCGGGCGGACCUGAAGUACCACGACCCCAAAGACAAGCACAGCAGCUUCCACCGGGCCGACCUGCGCAUCAGCCUGGAGGACAUGUGGAGGUCCUGGAAGAGCUCCGUAGUGUACAACUGGACGGAGCAGCAGGUGGAAGACUGGCUGCUCCUCAGCGUGGAGCUUCCUCAGUACACAGAGACCUUCAGGAGACUCCAGCUGGACGGGAGGGCCUUGCCCAGGCUGGCGGUGAAGAACACCACCUUGAUGGUGUCGGUGAUGAGGAUCCUGGACAGAGGUCACGCUCAGAAGCUUCAGCUUAAGGCUCUGGACAUCGUGCUGUUUGGACCUCCUCCAGCGCGGCCCGGACCCUGGAAGGACCUGGUCCUGGUCCUGUCCGUCCUGGCGGGUCUCAGCGGCUGCUGGUUCGCUUUCAUCCAGAACCGGAGGUCCAGAGAGGACGUGGAGAGGCUGGUGAAGGACCUGGAGGGUCUGCAGAGGGCUGAGCAGAGCCUGCUGGACCUGCAGGACCAGCUGCAGAAGGCUCAGGAGGAGCAGCGCUGCGUGCAGGUGGAGAAGGUGAAGGUGGAGGAGGAGCUAAGGAGCGAGAUCGACUCAGCCAAUCAGGAGGCUCAGCGGCUCCGGGAGCUGCGUGGAACGACCAAUGAGACGAGCCGGCAGAAGGACGCCGAGGAGGAGCUGGACCAGGUGCGCGCGGCCCUGAAGAAGGCGGAGCUAGAGGCUCGGGCUCGCUGGACGCCUCCUGACUCGCUGCAGAAAUGGCUGCAGCUGACUCACGAGGUGGAAGUUCAGUACUACGACGUGAAGAAGACCAGCGCGGAGCGACAGCUGCUGCAGGCCAGGGAGGGGGCGGAGAAGAUCAGGAAGAAGAGGACCUCUCUCUUCAGGACCUUCCAUGUGGCUCACAGCUCUUCGCUGGACGACGUCGACCACAAGAUCCUCUCUGCCAAACAGGCCCUGGCCGAGGUGACGGCGGCCCUGAGGGAGAAGCUCCACCGCUGGCAGCAGAUCGAGGGGCUGACGGGCUUCUGCCUGGUGGACAACCCGGGCCUGGGGGCGCUGGCCUCCGCCCUCAACCUGGACCCCUCCUUCCUGGGCCUACGACCUCCGACCCCUCAGAACCUCCUGCUCUCAGAUGACCUGGACGACAUGGACGAGGACAUCCUGUCUCCGGGGACGCUGCAGUACGCAGCGUGGCAGAUGGACCGGCGAGUGAGCGACCUCUGGCCCCUGAGUGGCAUCGCCGACAGCCAGUCACCAUGGAAACACUCUGCUCAGAGUCUGAUGCCCCUGCGUCAGUGGAAAGGAAACCCCGCCUUCAGCUCUCACAGAGCAGCGAUGGGGAACCACGGGUCCAACCUGGAGGACAUCCUGGCCGAGGACAUGCACCACUGGUACAACAAGUUCAUGCGGGAGUCCCCGUCGGGCCUCAUCACGCUGUUUGAGCUGAAGGCCAUCCUGGGCCUGAAGGGCAUGACGGAGAACGCCAACAGCUACGUAGACCAGGUCUUCCUCACCUUUGACAUGGACGGGGACGGGUACAUCGACUUUGUGGAAUACAUCGCUGCCAUCAGCCUGAUGCUGAAAGGGGAAAUCAACCAGAAACUAAAGUGGUACUUCAAACUGUUCGACCAGGAUGGCAACGGGAAGAUUGACAAGGAGGAGCUGGAGACCAUCUUUGCGGCCAUCCAGGACAUUACACGGAACAGAGACACCGACCCCGAGGACAUCGUGUCCAUCAUAUUCGAGAGGAUUGACGUGAACGGAGAAGGUGAGCUGACCCUGGAAGAGUUCAUCGAGGGGGCCAGAGACCACGAGGACAUCAUGGACAUGCUGAAGAGCCUCAUGGACCUGACGCCGGUGCUGGUCAUCAUUGUGGAGGGCCGGACUGGUUAAGGUGCAGUAAGCCUGCCACCCCCUCCGCCCCCCGUCAAAAUAAGAGACCCGACAGACUUGUUGAGGACACCUGGAAGGAGACUGAAGUAAAACUGAGCAACGCGUCGUUUCUGCCGCUCAAGUCCAAAAACUAUUUCCAGACAAAGAAGACUUUGAUGAAAAAAGAAAAUCCACCUUCACAAAUCUGUUGAUUUAAAAUGUUAAAAACCCUCAGAACUGUAUUUUUGAUUCCAGUGUCCAGGGAGGGCACAAAGGGGGGGGGGGAACAGAGGGUCCGGAGGCUGAUCAGAAUCCUGCUGAUCUCAUUCAGAACUUUGCCAAUUUAGGAAGUGGUUUUCAUGGAUGGUGUUUGGACAGCUGGGAUCCCUGGGGGGCCCUCAGGGGCCCGCCUCCUCCCAGAUAGCAGCUCCUUCUCACGGACAGAAUAAAAAUAGGUAUUCUCAGAACCAGGUCCAGAAAUCCCCUCCAGUUCAUUUAGGGUGUUUGUCCGAUAAUAUCUUUGUAUUCAUGCUGGGAUUGUCUGUGAGAGCAGUGCAUGCUGGGAUCUUUUUUCUGAGAGGACUGAGCUUCUCACAGCCAUUAGGUUUUAUGGACCUGAGCUGUAAUGGAGCAGCAACACCUCAGCUUUACUUUAUCAAAGUACCAGGUCUGUCCUCCAUUAGAGGCCAGUUCAGAGAGCCAACUGGGCCAAUCCGGGCCAAACCGGGCCAAACCGGGUCGUCCAGGUCAAAGCUGGAGGUAUUUGAAUCAAAAUGAAGACUAACACAACCAAUAAACAAAUAUGGAGAUUUGAGAGUGCAGCCUGUGAUUAUUGAUCAGCUGCUCCUCAAACUCCUCUGAGACUAAACGUUUUCUUGACUGAGGUGUUGUCAGGUACAUUCCUACAGUAGUAGACGUUUUUGACUUCAUGAUUUUUACUUUUAUACGGUGACAAGUAGGACCAGGAGCUGACCAAUGGUCGUACUUCCCUCAGGUUAGCAUGCCUCGGGUUAGCAUCCCACAGGUUAGCAUGCCUCGGGGUAGCAUGCCACAGGUUAGCAUGCCUCGGGUUAGCAUCCCACAGGUUAGCAUGCCUCGGGUUAGCAUGCCACGGGUUAGCAUGCCUCGGGUUAGCAUCCCACAGGUUAGCAUGCCUCAGGUUAGCAUGCCUCGGGUUAGCAUGCCACGGGUUAGCAUGCCACAGGUUAGCAUGCCUCAGGUUAGCAUCCCACGGGUUAGCAUCCCACAGGUUAGCAUGCCACGGGUUAGCAUGCCUCGGGUUAGCAUGCCACAGGUUAGCAUGCCACGGGUUAGCAUGCCUCGGGUUAGCAUCCCACAGGUUAGCAUGCCUCGGGUUAGCAUCCUGAUUAACGCUUAUUAUGCAAUAAGCAGAAUUCACCAAACUGAUAAUGAAUUUAAACCAUGUUUUUGUUGCCUUAUCAAUAAAGUUUUU